AUGCUGAAUCUACUGUACCAGCAGAAUGGGGCGGGGGCUGGGUCGAAGAUUCUAGGAGUUACCUCCGCCCACCCCUCUGUCGCGAUCUCCAUCCGCGACAAUCAUGCACGGGGCACCUCCGCGCGCGCCUCGUCCGUGCCGGCGGAGGUGCUCGCGUCUUUCGAGGCCCCUCAACCGGCGGCGACGGUGUUGGGCGGCGCUGCCUCCGCCGCGACGGACGAGGUAUGCUCGCAUGCUGCCUGUUUCAUCCGCGCGAAGGUGCGCGCGGAGGUAAAUGUUCAGGUAGAAGUUGCUACUGUAAUUUGCUGUGUGCGCGGAGGUGCCCUCCGCCGCCACGGACGAGGUGCGGUUGCCAGCUGCAGGUGCCAGCAGUGUUGCUGUUGCUGCCAGCAGUGCUGCCAUCACUGCACGCCUUCCCUGCAGACGGUUUUCUCUGCAGCGCUGUUGAUGCCGUUGCUCUCGCACGCCUUCCCUGCCCCCAUCACCUCCACGCGCGUCUUUCGAGGCGCCUCACGAGGCGGCGAUGGUGCUGCCAUGCUCGCGGCGGAGGUGCUCGCGUCUAUUGAGGCGCCUCACAAGGCGGCGACGGUGCUGCCAUGCUCGCGGCGCUGCUCUCCACCAUCGGCCAAGGCGCGAGCCGCCACCCAUGCUGCCCACCACGUGAGAUGCACGAGGGGUGAGGGCGGAGUGGGAUGCGAGUUUGACAUGGGAAGGGGGACCAUUCCGGGUUUCCCAUGUUCCCUUUCCCCUCCUGCCUCCCUCCCCUCCCCUUCCCCCUCCCCCUCUCUCUCCUCCCCCCAACGAGCGCGCUGCUGGCGCUGA